UAGAAGUUCAAAUCACAUCGUAACAGAACUAAGAGCUAGUGGAUAUAAAAUGAUUGUUGCUAGGAUAAAAAAAACCUGAAGUCAAGUGUCACCCAGCGACGAUCAUGCGUUCUUCUUCAAUACACAAGUCACUUACUUCUCCGUGAUUAAGGUGCCACUUCGAGACCGACCUGACCUUCUCGUUUCUUUUUCUUCCAGGAGAGUUAAAAAAGAGAGAUACAACAACACCAUCCAUCCAUACGACACACAAUGUAACUUUUAUUACUCUAUACUCUCGAUAGGCUUUUCUUGAAUCAAUCUCUCGCAACACUAUGCAUGUUAUAUACGUAUUCACAUAACCGCUUCAUCGUUUUCUUUUUAUCUUUCAUUUUCUUUGUCAGAUCGAGGCCAACAAUCCUAAUGACUUCAUACGAAACACGCUUAACACAACCGAAUUCGGCAGGGACUAAAGGCUCCCUUCCAACCGGCAAUGGACAGAAUAAUGUGAAAAAACUCAAAUCUAAAUAUGCCUCGAAGCUAUCUACUCUUAAAGAGUUAUUCGAGGAUUGGUCGGAUGAAGAUUUAUUAUUUGCCCUACAAGAUGCCGAUGGGGAUCUGGAACUGACAAUCGAACGGAUUAGCGCGGGACACGCCGUUCAGUGGGGCGAAGUGAAAAGCAAAAAAUCAAAGAAAGAAGCAGCUCAAAAGGCAAAGGCAGCAGCAGUACAACCCGCGACGUUAUCGACCACUGCGUAUUCACCACGUACGGAACGCACGCAAAUACCACGAAAUAAUAAUGAACGAGGUCGAGGAUCUCGAGGCGGCUCGACGUCAACUCGCAGUGCUCGUGGAAAGCCUACCGCAACAUCACAGCAACCUUCACAAAUACAAGCUGCUUCAUGGGGAAAGCAAAUGAAACCAGCACAAUCUUCUGAGCGCGCAGCAGGUGGUUCCUGGGCCUCCAUUGCUUCUGCCCCCAAGCCUCCAGACGCAUUAGACGAGCCUACAACUUUGAAUGAUUCAUUGAACACAACUUCGACGAACGCAACAGAUGGCUGGCCCGCCACAACAACUCGCUCUCCUGAUGAUACCUGGGCAGCAGCAGCCAAACCAUCUUGGGAUGAUAACGAAGAACCAGCGAACCCUACUCCUUCUCUCCAUACCGAACAAAAGCCUCCUAUUCCUACCGCAAACUCCUCCACCACUACCUCCUCAGCACCUAAAACUUGGGCAAGCCUAUUAAAAUCGAAACCUGCGCCUGAACCUGAAACGAAACCCGCCAUCGCCGCAUCUGAAGAACAAGCAGUCAAGGAUAGUUGGAAUGCCCCAGCUGAAGAUACUUGGAGCGCGCCCACAGACAACGAUGGAUGGGACACAGAAGCAAAAAUUACGGAUAAGACGACGACGACCGAUCCAUGGACUGAACCAGAUCAGCCAACCUCAUUUGGUUCCGCACUGUUAAAGGAGGAUAUAGCGGAAAACACCAAAGAUGAGCAGAAACAACCACCACCCCAAAUUCCAGAAACACUGGAUUCAACAACAGAAGAGCCUAUGGAUUCCACGGCUGAAGCAGAAACUGCAAACGACAAAGAGCAAACCGCAUCGUCAUCAUCAUCAUCAUCACCAUCACCUCUUCCACAGCCUGUUACUGUAGAUAGCAAAGUGAGACAGUCUGUAGGCCGUCGAUUGCGACAGGAUGAACCAGUGGUUCUUCCGAAUAGCGCCACGCUUUCAGGUGUCGAUGUAAAAUUCGGCACUUUGAGCCUGGAAGAUUCAACUGUAGGCUCUUCUGUGGAUGUUAAUUCUAGAUUGAACGAGCAUGAUAAGCAGGAUCAAGUACAAGUUCCCGACGAAAAGCCAACUUCAGUGGAGCCACAGCAAAGUUAUUUGAACCGUUAUACUGCGAAUGCACCAGCUGCAGUUGGCCAAACUACUGGCUUGGCAACCUCUGAAGCAUUCGCGGAUCAGGCAUCCUAUUUGAAGCAACAACAGCAAGAGACUAUCCAUGCACAACAACAGCAGCAGCAGCAGCAAUCACAGCAGCAGGUCACUGGUAUGGACCAUCUUACGUCCGCAUACAACUCAUAUAUGCCGAAUCAACAAGUUGCUGGUGUUCCUGGCUACGGUGUGAAUCCAAUGGGAUCUGUACCUGAUUAUGGCGUCUAUGGUACCGAUGCACAACGCGCUGCCAUGGGCUACUAUGAUCCCAAUUCAUUCGACCAUUAUUCGCCUUCCGUAUCAUCUGGCAACGCUUAUCAAAUGCGUGAUAAGUACAAUCAGGAAACUAGUGCCAACCAAUCUAGUAUGCAACCAAAUGCCCAGCAAACGCAGGCUAUUCCACAACAGGCACAGCAAAUGUAUCCAAACAUGCCAUACUAUCAAUACUAUUAUAUGCCAAACCAGUUCGGCGCUUAUCAGCACUCUACAUAUGGUCAGCCAUUUUUGAACAAAAGCAUGUAUCAAAUGUACCAGGGAUCAAGCAAACCAAGCAGUGCAUCAACGAGCAAUACCCCGUACAAUGCCCAGCAAGCACAGCACUUGUACAAUCAAUCGCUUUCUGGAGCCGCUGGUCCGACUGGUUACGAUGACAUGUCUGGUUUGCAUCAACAAUUUGGUAGCGGUAAUAUGGGACUUCAUGACUAUCAAAAGCCAUCGUCGUAUGGCUCAGGCCCACAAAUUCCUGGUUUCCUCGGUGGAAACUUGUCUGGCGCUACUGCACAACAACAGCCUCAACAACAAGCAGUGCAACAGGCGGCCGGUGCCCAGCAGACACAGGGAAAGCCUGAUCCAAGCAAUGGCCAAUAUAAGCCGGGCGGUUCCCAGCAGCCUGGAAUGCCAAAUCCUUCCAAUUAUUUCAGCCACCAGCAACAGCAACAAAUGGCUUACACACAACAUUCCCAGCAGUUCCCCGUGCCCCAGCAUAUGGAUAGUGCCCAGCAAUUGCAACAGGGUCGUCAGCAACAGUAUUGGACUCAAUAAAGCGAUUUGAAAUAUUUGAACU